UAGAGAUGCUGCUGCGAUAACUCUCCUCUCUUGUCUUUAUUGCAAUAGGAAAGAAAUAAUGAGAUUAUUUUAUGUCUCUUGUAGAUACUGAAAUAAAAAUGGAGGAGAUCUUACUUUGAAGUGUUCGCAUUCUUUGGUUUCCAAUUUUUGAACUGAACAAGUUCCUUCAUUCCUCUCCUCAAAAAAAGGCAAUGUAUUGCUCCUGGAAAAGAAAUAAUACAUACCACAAAAUUGAUGAUCAUGAAAAUACAGAAGAAAGAAAAACAGCUGCCAAAUUUUAAAGUAUUGACUCAUUCCCCAAUGUCUGAUGACUCCAUCACCUUUGAAUGCAAGCCACGGUCCCCUUUUGAUGGAAGUCCAGAUCAGGAAGAUUUGAGUGACUUGCUGACAAUCUCUGACUUGGCCAGUGUGAGCCUGGCCCAUAAGGACCAUCAAAAUGUGCUGUCCGUGGAGGUACCCAGUGAGAUUGUGCAGAAUAUGAUAACCUGCCAUAAUGGGAUGCAGGACGAUGGGGUUGGGGGUACUGGGGUAAAAAAGAAACGAAAGAAAAAAGAGCUGGGGCAGCAAGAGCUGGGCAAUGAGAGAGAAGUAAAACCAAAGAGGAAAAGAGAACCUAAGGAACCAAAAGAUCCCCAAAAGCCCAAGGAGCCCAAAAAGCCCAAGGAGCCCAAGCAGGAAGGGGCCAAGAAACCCAGGAAGCCUCGGGAGCCUAAAGCCCCAAAGGAGUCCAAAGAGAAGAAGAACAUCUUAGAGACUUCCUCCAAAGCCAAGCCCAAGAAAUCCAGUAUGGAGCAAGGACCAACUCCUGUUGAAAAGAAGAAGAAAGGAAAAAGGAAAAAUGACACGUCACUUGAUAGUUUAGAAUUGGAUCAAGGCCUCCUUUCAUUGUCUGGACAAAACCUUGAAGAAUCUGUUGAAUCAGUUGACAGUCAGAAGCGCCGUUCAGGACGCCAGGUGAAGCGUAGGAAGUAUAAUGAAGACUUGGAUUUCAAGGUGGUUGAUGAUGAUGGUGAAACAAUAGCUGUACUGGGUGCUGGCCGAGCUUCUGCACUUUCUGCAUCUACCUUGGCUUGGCAAGCAGAGGAACCUCCUGAGGAUGAUGCCAACAUUAUUGAGAAAAUUCUUGCCUCCAGGAUGGUGCAGAAAGAGAUUUAUCCUGGAGGAGCAACUUAUGAACAGGAAGAGUUCUAUGUAAAGUACCGCAAUUUUUCUUAUUUGCACUGUAAAUGGGCCACCAUGGAGGAGCUAGAAAAAGAUCCCCGGAUCUCCCAGAAGAUUAAACGCUUUCGCAAUAAACAGGCCCAAAUGAAGCACAUUUUCACUGAGCCUGAUGAAGAUCUGUUCAAUCCAGACUAUGUGGAAGUUGAUAGAAUUCUAGAAGUGGCUCACACAAAGGACUCCGAAACUGGGGAGGAGGUGACUCACUACCUGGUGAAGUGGUGCUCCUUACCCUAUGAAGAAAGUACUUGGGAACUUGAGGAGGAUGUUGAUCCUGGGAAGAUUAAAGAGUUUGAAUUUCUCCAAAUUCCUCCAGAACUUAAAUCCUUGGAGCGUCCUGCCUCAGAGUCUUGGCAAAAGCUAGAGAAGUCUCGGGACUAUAAGAAUAACAACGAAUUGCGGGAAUACCAGCUGGAGGGAAUGAAUUGGCUGCUUUUUAACUGGUAUAAUAGGAAAAACUGCAUUCUGGCUGAUGAAAUGGGUUUGGGGAAGACGAUCCAGUCCAUUACAUUCCUCUUUGAGAUCUAUCUGAUGGGUCUUCGAGGUCCAUUUCUCAUCAUUGCUCCACUUUCCACCAUCACAAACUGGGAGCGAGAAUUCCGUACUUGGACUGAGUUGAAUGCCAUUGUGUACCAUGGCAGCCAGAUAAGCCGCCAGAUGAUCCAGCAAUAUGAGAUGGUUUAUCGGGAUACACAGGGUAUUCCUCUUCCUGGGCUCUUCAAAUUCCAGGUAGUUAUUACCACGUUUGAGAUGAUCUUGGCAGAUUGUCCAGAGCUGAAGAAGAUCCACUGGCGUUGUGUGGUUAUUGAUGAGGCCCAUCGGCUCAAGAACAGGAACUGCAAAUUACUGGAAGGAUUAAAGCUCAUGUGUCUGGAACAUAAAGUGCUGCUGACUGGGACACCCCUGCAGAACUCAGUGGAGGAGCUCUUCAGCUUGUUGAACUUCUUGGAACCACAACAGUUCCCAUCUGAGACAGCCUUUCUUGAGGAGUUUGGGGAUCUCAAAACAGAAGAACAGGUGAAGAAACUCCAGUCUCUUCUAAAACCCAUGAUGCUGCGAAGGCUGAAGGAUGAUGUGGAGAAGAAUCUAGCACCUAAACAGGAGACCAUCAUUGAAGUAGAGCUGACCAACAUCCAGAAGAAAUACUAUCGAGCCAUCCUGGAGAAAAAUUUUAGCUUUCUAUCCAAGGGUGCUAACCAGCAUAACAUGCCUAACCUCAUCAAUACCAUGAUGGAGUUGCGCAAGUGCUGCAAUCAUCCCUACCUCAUUAACGGAGCAGAGGAAAAGAUCCUAGAAGAUUUCCGUAAAACCCACAACUCAGAAGCUCCUGAUUUCCAGUUGCAGGCAAUGAUCCAGGCAGCAGGCAAGCUGGUGCUGAUUGAUAAAUUGCUGCCAAAGCUGAUUGCAGGCGGGCACAAGGUGUUGAUCUUCUCCCAGAUGGUGCGCUGCCUUGAUAUCCUGGAGGAUUAUCUCAUCCAGCGGCGAUAUACUUAUGAGCGCAUUGAUGGCCGGGUUCGUGGGAAUUUACGUCAGGCUGCAAUCGAUCGCUUCUGCAAGCCAGAUUCAGACCGUUUUGUUUUCUUGCUCUGCACAAGGGCAGGAGGGCUAGGCAUCAAUCUUACUGCUGCUGAUACCUGUAUCAUCUUUGACUCAGAUUGGAAUCCACAGAAUGAUCUGCAGGCUCAGGCUCGCUGCCACCGAAUAGGGCAAAGCAAGGCAGUUAAAGUCUAUCGCCUCAUCACCAGAAAUUCCUAUGAACGAGAGAUGUUUGACAAAGCCAGCUUGAAACUAGGAUUAGACAAGGCAGUGUUGCAGGAUAUCAACCGCAAGGGAAGCAACAAUGGGGUGCAGCAGCUCUCCAAGAUGGAGGUUGAAGACCUAUUGCGAAAAGGUGCUUAUGGGGCUUUAAUGGAUGAAGAAGAUGAAGGCUCCAAAUUCUGUGAAGAAGACAUAGAUCAAAUCCUGCAACGUAGGACCCAAACCAUCACUAUUCAAACUGAAGGGAAAGGCUCCACAUUUUCCAAGGCCAGCUUUGUUGCUUCAGGAAACAGAACUGACAUUUCAUUGGAUGAUCCCAACUUCUGGCAGAAAUGGGCAAAAAUAGCUGAACUGGAUACUGAUGCAAGAGAUGAAAAGGAGAGCCUAGUGAUUGACAGGCCCCGUGUCCGUAAGCAAACCAAACACUACAACUCCUUUGAGGAAGAUGAGCUGAUGGAGUUUUCAGAGCUGGACAGUGACUCUGAUGAGCGACCCACACGUUCACGGCGUCUCAAUGAAAAAACACGUCGGUACUUAAGGGCAGAAUGUUUUCGUGUGGAGAAAAAUCUGCUUAUAUUUGGCUGGGGACGUUGGAAAGAUAUUCUGACCCAUGGCCGGUUUAAAUGGCAUCUCAAUGAAAAAGAUAUGGAGAUGAUCUGCCGAGCACUGCUGGUCUACUGUGUUAGACAUUAUAAGGGAGAUGAAAAGAUUAAGAGUUUUAUUUGGGAUUUGAUCACUCCAACAAAGGAUGGACAAAACCAAGCCCUACAGAACCAUUCAGGAUUAUCAGCUCCAGUGCCAAGAGGAAGGAAGGGGAAGAAAACCAAGAGUCAAAUGCUGUUACCCGAGAUUAAGAAUGCAGAUUGGCUUACUACUUGCAACCCUGAAAUUGUCCUACAUGAUGAUAGCUACAAAAAGCAUCUGAAACAACAUUGCAAUAAAGUGCUGUUGAGAGUACGGAUGCUCUAUUACUUGAAAGCUGAAGUGCUGGGGGAGGCAGCUGAUAAAGCCUUUGAAGGAACCCCUGCCAAAGAUUUAGAUGUCUUGCUGCCAGACAUUGACUAUGUGGAGAUUCCUGUGGACUGGUGGAAUGCUGAUGCAGAUAAAUCCCUCCUCAUUGGAGUUUUUAAACAUGGUUAUGAACGGUACAAUGCAAUGCGAGCUGACCCAGCUCUGUGUUUUCUUGAGAAAGUGGGCAUGCCAGAUGAGAAACUGCUGUGUGCGGAGCAGAAUGUCACUGAUGGAGUACAGGAUGCUCCAGAACGAGGAAAUACAGACAAAGAAGAGAGCAGUGCAGAUAGACUUGCUGGAGUAGAGAAACAGGAGGAAAUUUCUGAUACUUGUGGUCCAGUUCCUGAGAAGAAGGAUGAUAAUGUGGCAGCCCAGGAUGGCUCCGACCCAGACAAAUCCAGCUGGCCUGUGUCAUCUGCUCUCACAGCCAGACUUCGGCGUCUAGUCACUAUCUAUCAGCGUUGCAACCGCAAAGAACUGCCGCCUAGACCUGAUGUUAUUGGAACUUGUAAGCAUGGCUAUUGGCUCCAAGAGGAAAUGAUUAGGAGAGCCAAUGAAAUGGACCCUAUGAACAAUGAAAUACAGAAGAGAUGGACCAGAAGAGAGCAAGCAGAUUUCUAUCGCACAGUCUCCUCAUUUGGAGUCAUUUAUGAGCCAGAAAAGAAAGUCUUUGAUUGGACUCAAUUCCGAUCCAUUUCACGCUUGGAGAAGAAAACUGACGAAAGUUUAGAAAAAUAUUUCUAUAACUUUGUUGCUAUGUGUAAAAAUGUUUGUCGGUUGCCCCACUGGAAAGAUGAUGGCCCAACAGAUCCCAAUAUUUAUGUGGAACCCAUCACAGAGGAACGUGCUGCAAGGACGCUGUAUCGAAUUGAACUCUUGCGGAAGAUCCGUGAGCAAGUGUUGAGGUGUCCACAGUUACAUGAAAGACUCAAACUUUGCCGCCCAAGCCUAUACCUCCCUGUUUGGUGGGAAUGCGGCAAACAUGAUCGGGACCUGCUAAUUGGUACGGCAAAGCACGGACUGAAUCGCACAGACUAUUACAUAAUGAAUGAUCCACAGUUGUCGUUUCUGGAUGCUUACAGAAAUUACGCUCAGAAUAAAAGGACAGGGCUCCUUGGAGAAGAACACUUAUGCUGUCACCACCAAGCAAAUUCUAAACUAUAUUACUCGCCUUUGUAUAAUCAAGCAGAAAGAAAGCAGGCAUCAGCAGAGGCAGAAACAGAAAACUGUGCUAAGCUCAUGAUCUCAGGGAAUGAUCUUUUACAGGCUGAAAAUGCCUCUCAGGAUGGCAGCUGUGAAAAUUUCAUGUCUAAGGUCCGAAGUAUGAUUUCCGCUAACUAUGAUGAGAGUUCUUUGCCUGACUCUUUGUCAUGCAUGAUGUAUGAUGAGAAGGCCUGCAAUAGUGAGCACAGUUCUUUUGCUCGUGACAGCCCUAGCUGCACAGACAUCAGCAGCAAUGCUACCAAAGUGGCAGAGGGCAAAACAGAUGGGGAUGAAGACCUCUCUAGUUGUGAUGCUGAGACCAUACGAGAGUCCACCUACUUGGAUCAUUUGCAAUUUGGCAGUGAUCAGUUGGAAGGUCAAAAUCUAGGACAGGAGCUUUCAGAGAAGGAGGCAAAGCCUUCCGAGAGUUUUGCUCAGGAAACCUGUAAUGCCCUUCAGCAUAUGGAAAGUCAGUAUAUGAGCCCAAAAGCAGUUCCAUUUGAAAGAGAUGGUGUGGAGAGUGUUCUGAGCAUAGGGGUCUAUGGUCCAAGUCUUCAUAAUUUUGACAUCAAAGUACAACCUGAGAAGAGAUUGAUGGGCUUAUUGCAUGAAAAUAGUUUGGAGGAGAAAUUAAUGCAGAGUCAAAGCCAUAGUGAAGAGGAAGAGGAGGAGGAGGAAGAAGAGGAAGAGGAAGAUCAUCUGGAAACAGUAACCGACAUUGGGAAAGAUAGAGGAGAAGCCAAAUGUAGAACACAGGAGGAACAGAAACACAAUUCAUGUAUUCUCACCACCCUGGAUGCAUUAAUGGAGGAAAGGAAUAAGAUCCUGGUUGAAUCAGUCUCAAGUGAGCUGGCAGCAUCCAAAUGUGAUAGUGAGCCAGGGAUGGGUGAGGAUGAUCAAGCUGAGUGUGAAAGCCUUGAGGAGCACACCCCAGGCUUGCAGGAGAUUCAGACCUGUCACCACCACUACCAUCACUCUGCAAGAAGCCAGGCUUCAGCAAUUCAAGUAGAACUCCUUAAGCAACACCCGGUUUGCAUGGAAGGAGACCUCUGGGGAGAUGAUUCUGAGGAGAAGAGAGAUAGUCCUGUUACUCAAUCUCUUUAUGAGAGCGAAAUAAAGAGAGAAGAAGAAGAGUGUGAACACCAAGACCUAGACAAGAGGGAUGGAAUAAGUCAAAAUCAAGAUGGUUUUGAGAAGUUUUCUGAAGAUGAAAGUAAGAGCUCUGCAUUUGCUGUUCCUGGAGAGAGUGAUGACCUUCAUGAUGUUCGGGCACCUACCAUAGCUCAGCUUUUACAGGAGAAGACACUCUACUCUUUCUCAGAGUGGCCCAAGGAUCGAGUGAUCAUUAACCGUAUUGACAACAUCUGUCAUGCAAUCUUAAAGGGAAAGUGGCCUUCUUCCAGUCAAUCUUUUGACAUACCAUAUAUGAUGCCCACUCCUGCCUUAGUCAGCAGUACUUGCAAUAGGAGUGGCUAUACUGAACCAGAAGUCUCUGAAUCCAGUUUCAGCAAUGGAAUGUUAGCGACACAACUCCCAAAGGAAACUUUUUUGGCUCCCACCUUUGUCAAAGAUGAAUCCAAGCACCGGCAAUCAUAUGAAUUUGAAAUGGAGAGAGAUGCCAAGCACCGGAGUCUUGAUCAGCUUGCAGCAUCCCACUCCCACCCUUCAGCUGUGUUAAAUGGCUGGCGGGAUGCAGUAGAUCUCUCAAGAGUGCCAGAUGGAACUUCAGCAAGCAGCACUCCAUUUUCCAUGAGCACAAAUAUACCUAAGCUAGGGACCAUGAAUGCUCUGCAGGGCUCCCUUGGCAUGGACUUGUCUGGAAUCCUUCAAGCAGGGCUUAUUCAUCCUGUCACAGGGCAGAUUGUCAAUGGAAGCUUGCGAAGAGAUGAUGCUGCUAUCAGAAGACGACGGGGUAGGAGAAAAAAUGUGGAAGGGAUUGACCUGAUACUUUUGAAGGAGAGAAGCCUCCAGACAGGGCUGCCCGAAGAUGAAGGUCAGACCGUCACAAGUAAUUCUAAUUCAGAUGGGCCAGUUAUAACUACCUCAAGUCAACAGACAGCUCCAGCUACCAAUGUCCAGACAGAUAAGAUUGUUCCAAACAAGAGUCUUCUGGAUUGGCUGAGACAGCAGUCUGAUUACACUCUCGAAAUCCCUGGCUUUGGCACAAAUUUUAUAGAAAAGCCUAAACAAAGAAGGCAGCGUUGUAAAGAUCCUAGCAAGCUAGACAUAAAUUCUCUCACAGGAGAGGAACGGGUGCCUGUGGUGCAUAAGGGCACAGGACGGAAGUUAGGGGGAGCCAUGGCACCAGCUUUGAAGGAGUUACCAAGGUGGCUUGAUGCAAACAUGGAGUAUGCUGUUGCAGCAGACUGGUCUGACAUAGUUAAACUUUCAGGUUUUUUACCUGAAAGCAAGUUUCAUCGUAUUCUCACUGAGCCUGUACUCCGAGAUGUUGGACCUCGACGAAGAGGAAGAAGGCCAAGAAGUGAACUCUUUAAAGCUCCGGGUAUAGGAGCAGAUGCUUCGUCUGGAAUGGGACCAUUAUUCAUGAAUGGACUUAUUGCUGGAAUGGAUUUAGUAGGACUUCAGAGUAUGAGAAACAUGCAAGGCAUUCCUUUGGCUGGACUGGUUGGCUUUCCUGCUGGAUUUGCAGCAGUACCUGCUGGGGAGGAUGUCAAAAAUACUCUGAGUAUGUUGCCAAUGAUGUUACCAGGCAUGGCUGCUGUACCACAGAUGUUUGGUGUUGGAGGACUUCUUAAUCCAUCAAUAGCUACUACUUGUACUUCAACUGCUCCAACGUCAUUAGCAAGCACAACUAAAAGUGGUACAACACAUUCAGAAAAUGAAACUGAAGACAAACAGAAUACCCCAGGUUCAAAAAUAGAAACUGUUUCUGAAGACAAAUUGAGUCCUAAUUCAUUUUCUGAUCAGUCAGAACCUGCAAUAACAACCAGUAGUCCUGUAGCCUUUAACCCAUUUCUUAUUCCUGGAAUGUCAUCUGGACUGAUAUAUCCCUCAAUGUUUCUUUCUCCUGGUAUCGGCAUGGCCUUGCCAGGUCUUCAACAAACCAGACACUCAGAGGCAACAAACCUAGAAAGUCAGAAAAGGAAAAAAAAGAAAACUAAAGGGGAAUUAGCAAAUGUGGAACCAGAAACGCUCUCACUAUCUGACAAGGAACAUGCUAACAAACAAAACUGUACAGAACAAAUGCCAUAUGUGUCAAUGGAGCAUGAACGUGAUGUACCAGCAGAGGAGGAGGAAGAGGAGGAGUUAAAAGAAAUUAAAAAUAUCAAUUAGAUUUUUUUUUGUUUUUUGUUUUCUGAAAAAAAUAUUGUGGCUUGUUUCUCAUCCCAUAAAUAUUUGUUAUUGCUCUUUGUCCCCACCUCACCUUCAUAAAAACUGUGUUUCUGUAAGUAAUAUUAUCUACCUAAUUCCUGGUAAGAAAACUAUGGUGACAAUUUAAUAGUUGCAAGGUCUUGCCAUAGAAAUAAGCAGUGUUCUAACAUUAGUGUGGGAGGAAUGGAAUUCUGGUUCAUUUGUCCACCAUUCACCCUUCCCUUCUUUCAAACAGUAGUAAAAUAUCCGAUCAUCUCUAAAACUGGUCACCCCUCCCUUCUUCCAAAUAAUAGUACGUGGUCAUUCCCAAAACUGCUUGCUUGUGUAAAAGAAAAAAAAAUCUGGUAAAAGAAAGUGCUUCUUUUAGAAGAAAAUACAGAACACAGGAAAAGGUUGAUGUUUUUACAAUGACACUGAAUUAAAAAAAAAACAAAUCUUGUAUUUUGGAGUAAAAAGCACAGCUAUAGUAAGUGCUAAUGUGUAUUUUUUGAUUUAAAGUAUUUCCCUAUUUUAUCAUGUUUACUAGAAUAGUAGUAUAGACAGAAGUAUAUAACUAAUGAUUGAAAUGCAUAUAUUCAUUUCUUUUUUUAAGGCAUUAAUAGUAGAUAUAUAAUUUCUUCCUGGUCACACUACAAAGUUUUGGAAACAAACUGCUGUAAGGGGAAAGAUUACUUAACUUUUAUAUUUCUAAAAGAAAAUCUUGUUUUAUGUUUAAGAUGCAUUUCAGUUUUUUUUUUCUUUAGAUAUCAAGCCCAUUUCAGCUCCUGCUGAGAAAUUUAUGCACAACUUACCUUUAUUAAAAAAAUACAGUGGCAUGAAGAGGGUUAUAAUAACUACCAAUUAUUUUUUCAACUUUGUACUACUCAUUUUUCACAAAGGCACUUGGCAUUUUUCCCCCAGGGAAGAAGAAAGCAAUGAAAUUUUCUUAAGUGGGAACUGGACCUAAGUUAUAUCAUUUUUUUCUUUCUUUGUGUAAACUUUGAAAACUUUUUUUAAAAGCUGUGGAAUGGAUUUUUCCAUUAUAGUUGGACUUUGGCAGAGAUUGUCAAAGUUUCAUAACUUGGCUUUAUCCUUCAUUUCUUUAUCAGACUGUGAAAACAUUUUUGCUAUUUCUUUCCAUUCCUCUUGAGCCCUUGCACUCUUAAAUGAUAUUUCCCAGCAUCUCCACAUCUACGUUUUGUCUUUUAAACGAAACUGUUUAAAAACAUAUGCCAAUUUUAAAUGUUAAAUUGCACCCAAGAACAGUUCUUACAUAGUUAUCUUUAUUCCCACUCCUGUGUCACUUUUCUUUCACUUGGGCUUGUUCUAAUUUAUAGCUCGUGAUUUGAGACUUGAAAAACAAUGUGGUGCGAUGUUUAAAUGGCAGACCAUUUAAAGGGGCUUGGGAGUGUAUGCUAGUAUUCAGUUUCACACUUGGUUUGUCACAAUUUACUGUACUUUUUAUUUUUUUUCCUUUUACCGUUUGCUAAUUUAUCAGGUGGUCCAAAUGUUUUUGACAUAACUAUUUCAGUUUGCAUUAUUUAUUUAUGAUGCUUUUUUCAUUGUCUUUUAUACAUUUGGGAUUUUAAAGUGUGUACAUGUUAAAUUUAGCAUCUCAAAGAAGUCUGUUACCCAUGAAUUAAAAUUAAGGCUGCAUGUUGCAGUGAAUUUAUACUAUUGGAUUGGAAUCAAUACCAACAAAUUACAUAAUUUGGUUACACUGUUGUAGAACAAUUGGAUAAUAUUAUAGACCCUAUUUAAUACAGCUGUAUAGGACAGAUACUGUAUGGCUAUUGACAGAUUUCUUAGAAGUGCUGCUAUCUCUGUUUGACUAACAUUUUGUUCAGCUUUGCCUCCAAUGGAAGCAAAGAGGGUUUUUUCAGCUGUUAAAUCCAAAAUCAAUAUAAUUUAUUUAUGUAAAAAAAAUCACUUGAUAUAUUUUUGAACCUUUUAAGUACUAAUAACUUUUUAUUUAGUAAAAAAAAACCAUGUACUUGCCCUAAAUCCUUAAAAUACAAAUGCUAUAAAACUUCAUAUAUCUUGAAAGCCUUACUGUCAAUGGAUGCAAAUCUCUUAUCUGGAGUCUACUUGUAAUAUAUACGAAUGUUUGGCAGGGUUACAUUUAUAAGGAACAGGGUUGAAACUGAAUUUUAGUUUGUCAGCAUGUUCUAUAUACCUUGUCCUUUCUUUUUUAAUGUAUGUUUGUAGGCUUCGUUUGACUUUCAAUAUGUGACCCUUUUGCAGUGUGAAGCUGUUUUGGCUUAUUUACAGUGAAAGGCAUAAAUGGCUUUUUUCAUA